GGCGGCGUUUUGCUCGGCGGUCGGAGCAGCUGCUUCUCCUUAGCGGAGGGCAGCCUGCGCGGGGCUUCCUCUGCCUCUCCGGGCAGGACUUCCCCGUUGCUUCCCUUCUGUUCGCGGGGCUGCUCCUCACUUCCCUUCUCCUCUUCUCCUGCUCCUCCCUUCCCUCUGCUCGGGUCUCCACCCGUAAUUUUUUCUCUCUAGAGGGAGAAGCCCCCUUCCUCUCCCUCCUCCUCCUCCUCCACCCCUCAUUGUCUGGCGGAGCGGGUUACCCCUUUCAGGGCAGGGGAAACGAUGGGCGAGGGGAAGCCCGCGCCAGUGGCGACUGCUGCUGCUGCUGCUGCAGCUGCGGGCACCACGUAGAGGAGGAGCCCCUCCUUCCGACCGGAGUAGCCCCAAGUCACUUGGGCCAAGUGGGAGCGCGCGGAGCCGCAGCGGUCCCGUCUGUGCCCCGCUUGAAGACGGGCGGGUGACUUUAUUCCACGCGCCGCCGCCGCCGCCCAGCUGUGCCAGAUGUGCGACCUGCUGGACUCGCAGCCCGCUGGCGAGAAGAAGCUCAGCAGGAUGAAAAAGUUGCGGCGAACUUUGUCGGAGAGUUUCGGCCGAAUCGCCUUGAAGAAAGAUGACAGCGGUUUCGACGAGAUAUGUGUCACAAAGAUGUCUACACGGAACUGCCAAGGAAUGGAUUCUGUGAUCAAACCCCUGGACACAAUUCCAGAGGACAAAAAAGUCAGGGUUCAGAGGACACAAAGCACUUUUGAUCCAUUCGAGAAGCCAAAUAAUCAAGUGAAAAGGGUCCAUUCAGAGAACAAUGCCUGCAUUAACUUCAAGACUUCAUCUACUGGGAAGGAAUCUCCAAAAAUCAGGCGGCAUUCCAGCCCAAGCUCUCCAACAAGUCCCAAGUUUGGAAAAGCAGACUCUUACGAAAAACUAGAAAAACUGGGGGAAGGUUCAUAUGCCACAGUAUAUAAAGGAAAAAGCAAGGUAAAUGGCAAAUUGGUGGCACUGAAAGUGAUUAGACUUCAAGAAGAGGAAGGCACCCCUUUUACAGCCAUCAGAGAAGCUUCUCUUCUGAAAGGCUUAAAGCAUGCUAAUAUUGUGCUGCUUCAUGAUAUCAUCCAUACCAAGGAGACAUUGACACUGGUAUUUGAGUUUGUGCACACUGAUUUAUGUCAGUACAUGGACAAACAUCCUGGAGGACUUCAUCCAGACAAUGUGAAGUUGUUUUUAUUUCAAUUGCUGCGAGGACUGUCGUACAUCCACCAGCGUUACAUUUUGCACAGGGACCUGAAGCCCCAAAAUCUUCUGAUCAGUGAUACUGGAGAGUUGAAGCUGGCAGAUUUUGGACUUGCACGGGCCAAAUCUGUCCCAAGUCACACGUAUUCUAAUGAAGUCGUAACCCUGUGGUACAGACCUCCAGAUGUCCUUUUGGGCUCAACAGAGUAUUCUACUUGCCUUGACAUGUGGGGAGUCGGUUGUAUCUUUGUAGAAAUGAUUCAGGGUGUUGCUGCUUUUCCUGGAAUGAAAGAUAUUCAAGAUCAACUUGAAAGAAUAUUUUUGGUACUUGGAACCCCAAAUGAAGAUACCUGGCCUGGAGUCCAUUCUCUGCCCCAUUUCAAGCCUGAACGUUUUACACAGUACAGUGCUAAAAACCUCAGGCAAGCUUGGAAUAAGCUAAGCUAUGUGAACCAUGCAGAGGAUCUGGCCUCCAAAUUACUCCAGUGUUUCCCAAAGAACAGAUUGUCAGCACAGGCUGCUCUGAGCCAUGAGUAUUUCAGUGAUCUGCCCCCACGGCUAUGGGAGCUAACUGACAUGUCCUCUAUUUUUUCUGUACCGAAUGUAAGAUUACAACCAGAGGCUGGAGAAGGCAUGAAAGUCUUUGGAAAAAACAAUAUUUAUGGCAAAGGUUUAUCAAAUAUUAAGCACUAAGAAGCAUUUUGAUUUCCACAUAUAAUUCAGGAAUGAAGACCGUCGGGUUAUUGGAGAGGAACAGAAUAGAACAAGAGAACAAACACUAUCAAGACAGUCUGGUGCUGCUUCUCUUUUCCAAUGGUAGAUUUCAGUCACAAGAAAAAAUGAUACUGGAAGACACCCCCCGCCCCCCGCAAUUUGUUUAAAACCUUGCACGCAUUUGAGUACUUGUGAUUUCCAAGCUUUCCAUGAAGAUUAAGCUUUUGCUUAGUGGCACAUCGCAUGUUCUUCCCUUUCAUUCUUUUGAGUUUGAUUUCAUUUGGAUUUUCUACUACAGCACAACAUCCUUGUACAGGUUUUUCUGCUUUCACCAGUGAUGUCUUAAACACAUUAAGAUACAAAUUUGGUGUUUGCACUUCUUGGUAAUGUCUGUACAUAGAGGGCCAGCCGUGGCAAAAACCAGUUUUAUGUGUUCGAGAGGUUCCCCAUAUUUUCUAAUUUGUCUGAAGGAUAUAUUAAAAUGAAACAAAAAGUUUUCGAGGUGAUAGUGGCACAAUCAGUAUCUUGUAACCGUGCCCUUGUAUUACCACUUGGAAAUUAUACUGUUCCUUUCCUUAACCCUUGGCAAUAAGUACAUCUUAGAUGGAAACUUUGAAUUUGAGUACUCUGCUUCCAAAGCAGAUUUCAGGCAUACUGAACGCAGAUUUGAAGAGAGACCUACAAUGAUGGGACAGGGUGGGGGUGGAGGUGGGAGAAUAAAUAUAAUACUACUAAAUCAAACAGUCUUGGCCCUUUUUGGCAAGAGACUUUUGCAGCAUUUGUGAUUCUUGGUUCAAUUUUUUUCUUUUCCCCCAUGUAGUUUAGUUAAAAAUAUUUUUGAGAAGGAAAAUAGAGAAUAUGAUGAAGAAGUGAGUUUACAUUAGAAUAAGCACUAUGGUGUAGAAACUUUAGUUGCUGAAUGAGCCAUUUCGGGGGAGGACUAGUUUUGUUGAGUCAUCCAAAUUCCAAAUAUUUGCUCUUCCAAACCAAAGCAUCUUUCAGAUUAUUUUUCUAAGAUGAUCCAAGCUGAUUGGGAAAAGCCUUUCACUACCAUAUCUUAAGAUCAGUUGUUCAAACUCUUUAAAAAUAAAUGCUGUUAUAAAAUUUUUAAGCAGCUGGCUAAUAAUGUUCCUUGGUUUUUUUCAGAGGGAAAUAGGAAGUCUAUGGGAAUUGGAAGGAUUAUGGCUGCUAGCCCCUGCCAAACAUCAUGGUGCAAAUACAAAAACUAAAUUGGAUGGGAUAAUUUCAUGAUAGAAAGGGGGAUUUCUCUGUCAUUAUAUUCAACACAGGAGCUACCCAGCCUCCCUAGGAUAUCAGCUGCCUAAAAGCCAUUUAAUUUUGUUACACAUUGAAUGCAUUGUUAGGAAGUGAAGAUGAUAGGGCUUGUUGUAUAGUUUCUUGCCUAAGCUUCUGGCAUCAUACUAUUUGGAACUGGAAUAAAUAAAUAAUUGGCCAAUUUAUUCUCCAGAAGCCUUGUUUAUAGGGAAUAAUGGUAAAUAUUCUGUUCAUUCAUCCAUUGUAAACAGAAAUUGUUCUAAGUCACUACAUAGAAAUUAAAAUGCUUAGGUAAAUACAGCUUCCAAAAUGAUGCCUCAGCAUCUCAACUUUAUUUGCUACUUUUUACAAAUUCUGUAUCACUAAAUCUACUUCCAUAUUUCAAACAUAACACAAAUGCCUUAACUACUAUUUGCUUUGAGUUUUUGUAUGCAGACGUUUGUAUGUGAUCUGCCAUAUCAGUUUAGAAAUAUCUAGAUGUUUCAGGAUAAGGUUUACUCUUCCCCCCCAAAAAUCAUGGUGUUUGCAAAAAAUGUUAGGAAUUUUUGAGCAUGGAGCGAGGGUGUCACUUAGGAAAAUGAGGGUAUAUUAUGAGAUGUAAAUCUUCUUUGGCAGCUAAAGGAGGGAGGUAAACAAUUACACUCCUUGUUGAAGGAUUUGAUAGUUUGGUGUAGAGAAUUGUUCCUCUGAAGUGCUCCCUUCCGUAGACUAAAUAUCUUGCACCAAACUAUCCACAAUAAUUCAGAAGUUCAGUGCUGCUGCUUAGGAUUUGAGUGGGUGCACAUUAUGUCUGUUUUUCAAUACUCCCUGUUUAAAAAAUCGCCGUUAAAGCCUUUGAAUUUAAUAUUCAAAAUCUGUACAUCAAUUCCUUCCCAACCAUUUCAUAAAAGUGCUUUUGGAGUGAUACCCUAAGUAUUAGAAAUUAAGAAAAUCCAUACCAUUUUCAAAGAAGGAUCAAUUAUCAGCUUCCCUUCCUGAAUCUUUCUUAUAGAAUCUCUGGAUUUUCAAUUCUGAAGAUAAUUUCUCUCUGUGUACCUUCACAUAAAUCAUUCCAAGUACAUAAGGGGAAUACACUAGCAUUAAGGCAUGGUGAGCCCAAAAAUGUCACAUAUUUUUUCCACUGGUAAAUUAUUAGUGUGUAAGUAGACUGCUAUGUCAGAAUAACUUGAUUUUAAGAAAAAUUGUUUCAUUAGGCUGGAAAGGUAGUGUGGGGAAUCCAGUGUUUUAUGGCUACCCAAAGUCCACAGCUGCAUAUAAUGACUAUAUAAAGAUCUUGAAAUAUUUCCCAGCAUUCUGGAUUUUUCUAAAUGAUUAGUUUUCCUGCCUGUUUCCCAUAUGUAAUACCUGAAUCUGUUCAGAUUCUUUCUAGAUGUCAACAAGAGAAAAUUCCUUUUUCCAGGUACUUGAAAGGAACAAUUCACGUUUUCAUUUUCUCAGUCAAUUACUGUGGUCUGAUUCAUGUUACUGAAAUAAAGCAUUACUGCAUUAUUGCUUUCCCAUGGCUGGAUCCCAUACCUUUCCAGUAACAUGAAUCAUAAAUUACUUUGGAUCUUAUUAGUCCUACAUAAUCUGCUUAUUCCACAUCAUUCUAUCCUUCAAAUGUUAUUAGAAUGGUAGAAGAACAGGGUCAGGGAGAAAGCAGCAACAAUGCUGUUCUGGUAGCACAGGAAUUGGGUCAGUGUGGUUGGUUGGUACUAAAGGUGAGAGAGUUUUCCUGUUCUUAAGCAGUUCCCUUAAAGAUUCCCUUAAAGACAGAUGUGAUGCUGUCAGAAGAGACAGCUGUCAAUGAAAGGUAAGAUAGGUCCUACUCACUGGAGAAAAUGGAGGGGGAAGCUGGGAAGAUAGAAAUUACUUUUAUAGAUAGUUCCCACAAACCAAACUAACAAGGCAGUUUGCUUCCACUGUUGCUUCCUUUAAAGGGGACCCUAAGAAUACACAAAGCACCUCCGCCUUGUACAAUAUUAUUCACACUUCUUCUCUACUUAGCACCCUCAAAACUAUUUUGUCGAAGCACAGAAAAUUCUGAUUCUCAGUGACGAGAGCUUUGGGAGGGGAAGUCUUCCUUUCAUCAACAUAUAGGAGAAAUUUUAUGAAGAGAUCUCCUAGUGCAGGGGUAGGGAACCUGCGGCUCUCCAGAUGUUCAGGAACUACAAUUCCCAUCAGCCUCUGUCAGCAUGGCCAUAAGUUAUAAAAAAUCCCUCUCAGCAGCGUGGUGAGGGCAACAGACCUUGAGUGUCUUCAUUCUAUGCUGUGCCCAAUUGAAUGUGUGAUAGAUAUAAGAGUAUGUUCCAUUUUUUAAAAAGUCUGUGAAUAUUAUUGGUUUGUAACCUAUUAUAGUAAAUGGCAAUGAUCCUGUACAGAAUGACAUUUCAUAUGAAUAGAAUUAUGUUCUGUUAUUCACCAUAAACACAGCCUCCUCUCUUGGCAUAAAUAUAUGGAGGUAAUUGUAUAUGCUGUUGCCUUGUAAUAUUCUUAAAAGCAGAAAAUCAAAUGCACUAAAAAUUCCCUAAUCCUUUUCUUCCCUUCCCUUCAAAAACUGCACUUCUGCAGUACUGCAUACAAAAAUCUUCCCUUGCUGGGAUUCUUUAUAUGAGGCACAAAAAAGGUUCUCUUUUUAACAGGGGUUUGGUACUCAAAAACAAUGUUAAUAUAAAAUAUGUAUACAUAUAGCCACACACUUUAGAAUGACAGCUUAGUACAGUAUAGUUAAGUGUUACCUUGUUUGUUUCCACUUGUAAUUUGUCUGUAUUAUGAAAGGUGUAAUGGUUUGUCAGGUGUAACUGUUUUCAUGUAAUAUGAUAUUGAAUAAAAUGUAACAGGAUUGCUA